GGGAAAUGGGUGACAUGAGAGAUCACUAAUCCCAUUCACAUCUUACUGGGAGCACUUGGAAAGAAGCUGUACGGUGUCAGUCUCAGGGACAAGGAGGAGUCAUGAUCCCACCCAGCGGGGCGCCAUCCUUGGCCGCAGAAGUGGCACGCCGCAGUUCCGAAAAAGCGCAAAUUCAAGACAUCACUGAGAAGUUCAGGAACUAUAUACAGCAUGUGAAAUCACUGAGAAACCAACUGAAACAGGCUGAUGCUGCUUCUUCAGUCCAACAUCUCCAGAAUGAAGUUAUUACCAUCAGGAAUAUGUACGAGCAGGAGAUUGGAAAUCUGCGGGAAAAGCUGGAACACAAUUAUAAGGCACAGGACGGCAAUGGCUUCACCGCGGCUCUAUCUUCUGAGUACCAGAAUAGAAUUUGGGAAAUGAACAGAGACAUUCUGAAAAAGGAUGAAGACAUCCAAGAGUUACAGCUUCUGGUGGCGAAUAAGGAGUCAAACAUACAGGCGUUAAAGGGUGCUGCUGUGUCCCCAACCAUACAGCUGGAAAUGGCCAAACAAGACUUGGGGGAACUGCAGAGAAACCUUGUGAUGGCUCAGACAAAAUAUGAAGAAGAGUUUUCCCAGCGUUUAACCCUUGAGGAGAAAAUCAAAGAGCUGACAGAACAGCUAGGGAAGCUGAAGUAUAAUCACAUGAAGGAUUUACAGGAACUGAGAGCCCAAGUGGCCCAGUCAGAGGCCCUAGUCCUCCAGCUAGAAGAUAAACUGCGUAGGGUGAGCAGUGGCGCUCCAGCUCUGGUCGAGACGGUGCAGAAAAUUCAGGAGGCGAGUAUGGCAGAAGUGAAAAGACUGCAGGAUGAGACUGAGACUGUCUAUAGUCAAAGUUUGCUGGAGCUACAAAUGCGUUUGCACAAUGAUCAGAUCCUGCUGGGACAAGCACAAGAAGACAACGUGCGAUUGCAGCGAAGGGUGGAAGAAUUAACCUCUGAGGAGACCUCAUUGGAGAAGAAGCUUUUCUCAGAAGAAUCCAACAGCAGGAUAUUGAUGGAGAAGAUGGAGGCUGAACACAUGAGAGGUCGGCAGCACAUUGAGGCCCUGGAGCUCCGGCUGGAGGAGCUGCAGGAUCUGCUCUUAGCCAAAAUGAAAGAGCUGAACACCUUUCAAGAAACCAAUAUAUCCUUGAGAAAUGAGCUGGAUGCCCUGAAAGCCAUGCUGGAGGAAGAAGAACAGCAGAUCACUAGCAGCCCGCUGUACCCUCUACGCACCCCACCGCCGUCUUCACAUUUCUUUGUAGAACCUUUUCAGUCUCCGAUCUUCAACCCACUUCCUGAUUACACCAAGACCAGUGACAUUGUGCACGAAUUAACCACAUCAGAUCCCAGUAUAUUGUACAGCAGUGCUGCCACCCCAGAAGGGAAUAAUCUAUCGAGAGAGGAAAAGCCUGAUCUACUUUUUCCUGAAGAUGAAGGUCAUCACACUGAGCCAUUGACGAGGCCAGCCACUGCACCUCUCUUGAGUUCCACUACUUCAGAACCUAGCCAACAACAAAGCUCUUUAGCUUCCAUGAUGGAAAACAAUACAUACCGUCAAGAAGUUACCAAUAUUACAUCUAUAACUGGUGAUGGCACCAAAGCAGUUAUAUCCAGUGCUCUUGGAGAUUUGGAAAUCACAGAUGUUGAUCCUGGUGGCCAUUUUGUGAGAAUUGCUAACCAAUCUCUUGAUAAAGAAGAAGACAUUGGAGGUUAUCUUCUGCAGCAGAACAUUCGUGGACAUCCUGUAUCCAUCUACCGCUUCCCACCAAAAUCCAGAGUCUGGGCAGGCUGUGAAGUGACUGUUUGGGCGUCUGCAGCUGGUGUCCCUCAUAAACCUCCCACUGAUUUCCUGUGGAAAGAUCAGAACAAGUUUGUAACUGAACCAAAGUGUACAACCAUAUUGUGUAACCCAAAUGGACAAGCCAUGGCUUGGUUCACUCCUAUUAAGGAUAAAACAAGAAAGUCAUUAGAAAGAUACAACAUUUUCAAAUCUAAACCUAAAACCUCUUUAUCUGAAUUACUAAAUGAGCCAAGUCAAAAAAUGGAUGUAGAGACCACAAAUGACAGAAGGAGUCGGACGCCAAAGUCGCCACCUGUUUCUGGUAAACUAGAGAAGGUGCCUCGUCUACUGAGAAGAGAGAAGAUCGCACCUAUAGUCCUUCCAACUACAUCAAGCCCAUGGACACAGAGCACUUCAUCUCCUGUCCACCCUGACUUUAACCCCAACCACCUUGUGUCGUUGGGAGGUGAUGGAAGUAGUGUUUGCUGCCAGAGGAGGUCUCAGACUGCUAAAACAGUGCCUUCUUCAGAUCUGGACUCGGGGAAGAAAAAUUACAAAAAUUCACAUGGGCACCAAAGGCGCAAGAACUACCGUGGGCCGAUCCAAUCAGCAGGGCCUAGUUCCAGAGGAGUCAUGUAUCUGGGAUACUCAUCACCUGCUGGGUCCGUUCUGCAUAAAUACUUUGCAAACUCCUCCUAUAACAUCAGAUUGGCGAGCCAUGUGUCUCUCACCCCUACAAUCCUGUCCAGCGUCUGAUGAUAUUACCGAGAGGUUUUAUAUAUUGUUAUACAUAUACUGAUGCCUGAAAGGGAAUGCCCACCUUUUUAUUCCAAAAUUUUUAUUAGGUUUUCCUUUUUUAGAAUAACAAAGUGGCAUAUACAGUAUGUACACUAACGACACAAUUCCACAAGUUGUUCCGUCAGCCUGUGCCACAAGAUGACUACUACAUGACGACCAACACAGCCUGUAAGGGUAUCAGGUCUUACAGGUUUGUGAAUCUAUCAGAUGAGGAUUGUUGCAGCUAUAUGUCUGUCGGUUGAAUGAAAGCUUAUAGCAUCUGUCCACACCAAGAGACUAAGGAAGAAUUGAGACGGAGAUCUAAAUUUAGAACACCCAGAGUUCUCCUACGGUUUUCGGUAUU